AUGGUGAUAAUCAAGGUCUUACCAACUUUGAAAAAGUUGAUUGAGGAGGCUAUAAAGAAAGCUGAAACGAGCCUUAACACCCGUGAACAGCAACUCCAAUGUCCUACUACCUCCGCUUCAGGAAGCGUUGCCUCCUACUGUCAGUCUCAGGAGACUGCAAUUCAAAAAGCUAAUGAACAACUUAAAACUCUAGAAUCUAAUAAUCCUAAUGACUCUAAAAAGCAAAUUGAUGAACUAAACGCUAAAAUCGAGAAACUUAAAGCUGCUAAAAAUGACUGUGCUAAGACCCAUCACCUCCCUGAGGAGGAGAGGCAGAAGGGAUUGGCUGAAGUGAAGCAGCAGAUGAAAAUUGUUGAGAAACUUAAGAAAUUUGCUACUGAACUUGGUGAAAAUGAUAAUAUUUUAACGCAUUUAUGUGACGGCCUCGAAAAGUUUCUCGGCUUCAACUCUGAGUCCAAAGGCUACACUGGCCAGGGGAUUGUGUACUCUGACCUGGAUAGGCUGUGUGACGGGGUGAUGGGAUUUUUGAGUGGUGUUCUCGGUAACAUCAAAGAGCAUUUAGGGCAGCAUAAAGAUACUUUAAAUGAUGCAAUUGACAUUCUUAACACCAAUAAACACCUUGGUAAAAAAGGUUUUAAUGCUGCGAUUGGAGAGGUGGUUGAAGGGGUGAGAAAGUACAAUGGUUUUCUCAAGAUAUCAAACGAGAGAGUCAGUGAUCCCAUUCAAGCAUUAUUAACGUAUCUGAAGACUGAAAAUAACGGUGAGUUCAUUACACGUUUUAAUGACAUUCAGGUUGACAAGGUUUCCGAUGACACCAAGCAAGCUGACCCCGAGGUGACCAAGGCCGACAACUUAGUGACACAGUGCCUCGCAAAGGCCAAUGAAUUUAACAGCAAAUUAGACUCUAGUGCACCUAAAAAUAAGAGAACGCAGAACGCAAUUAAUGAUCUUAAUCAUAAAUUACGUGAGAGAGUGCAUAGUGUUCGUGAGACAGUUAAGUACGAGACCGACCGGUUGACUACCUUGUCCAGGAAGGAAAAGGAGAAUUACGACGCGAUUGUGAAGAUGGUUAAGAAGGUUGAAGAGAUCAAAACUUGCGUGAAAUCUAAGAUAACAGAUGAUAUUACUAAACUCGUCACUAAGCUGAAAAAAGACGUUCAAAAUAUUUUGAAUACGCUGGAGAGCAUUAGUAAAGUCCUGGCACAGUACGUUAAGGAUUUUGACUGGUGGAUGAAGGAAACGGAUGAUGUAAUAAGACUGGCAGAGGAAAAAGUAGAGAAGAUACUGGAGGAAGUGUAUAAGGAUUCUGAGAAAAAGAAAGCAGUUAGUGCCGCGGCCAACAUGAUCAGACAGCACGCAUUCUCACUACGCGAAGCAGGGGAUAACGCUAAAACUAAAGUCGCGGAAACUGUAAAGUUGGCGCUCCAGCAGGUGAAAUCGAUGGACGAGGCGCUUAAAACGGAUUUGUUCACCGUGAAAGGUCAGAUCAAGAAAGCGGUUAUGGCAUUAGGUAAGACGUUGGAAGGGAAUGUGAGAGAUGGAUUAUGGAUGAUUGAGAGUGCGAUUACUGGGCCGCUUGGUGAUAUUUUGAGGGAUUCAGGGCAGAUUUUUGAUAAAUUUCAGAGCACUAAAUAUGCGUUACAAAUGGCCACAGGACAAGUUCUGCAGGACAUCAGGAAUCUUGUAAAUAUCUCGCGUUUUGACCAUAUUAUGAAUAUCCAAAACAGUAAGAUCACAGCUCCUUUGCUUACGGCUAUUGGUAGAAAUCGUCAGAAUCCAUUUCAACCACUCACGGACUAUUUUUCGAAACUUGAUGGUGUAGUAAUGCAACGUGUGAAGGAGGCAAUAGAUAAGAUCGGAAGCGGGAUCAGAGUUGGCGACAUAGGCAAUGUAACCGUACUGCAAAGUAGGCUAAAAACCGCUAAGUUGGGUGAAACCCUUAGAGCACUUCAGAGCAUUGCCGAAGAAGCAGAGUCAUCCGACCUACCUGAUGCAAGUAAGAUUCGCAUCGAAGGACUUGGAACGAUGAAGGACAUCGUGAAACUUGAUCUCAAUUCGCAUACAUCAAAGCUGUCAGAGAUAAUAACAAAAGUAAAUAGUAACGGUAUGUCGCCGAGCGAAAAACUAACCAAAACUGAUAUGGAAGCGAUACUUUCAGAUCUAGGUAACAUUGCCAAGACCGUCUCCGAACACUCUCAUAAUGUUCUCGACAAAGUUAUGGCGAAGAUCGAAAGUAGAGUGGCAAGUGAAGUUAAGGGCGUCGCUGUAGCCAUCCAAGAGAAGUUAGGUGCAAUUCAUAGCGGUUUAGAAUCGUCGCACGCCGAUGUAAGCCUCAAUGGAUCCAGCAAUUUAUCCGGCCUGCAACAUUUGUUGAACGAUUUUGGAACCAGCAUCAACCAACGUAUUUCGGAGCUGAAAGAUCAUGUCAUCCCCCAGGCGUUUAAAAAGGAUCCGCUAGGUGGUCCAGGUUCGACGACUUAUAUAUUUGGCAGUGAUUUCAUGACCGCCUUCCACAACACCUACAAAAACAACUUUGAAACUGGCGAUGUCAAAAUCAACGGUGGAACCGGUAAGAAAAAUGUGCUCGACGAGGAGAUCGGCGUGGAUCAUAUGCCACAUGGGGGAGGUUUAUCUAAAAAAGUUUCUGAUCUUGAUGUAAAUAAGUUUUCAAAUUACAAUUCUCAAGUCAAACAAGAGAGCCUUCCGCUCUCGGAUAAUGACCCAAACCAGCUAGAGGGCCAACUCCCCCAGGCGAUCAGCGCAAUUAAAACGCAAGUGGAAGGGGCUUUGACAUCGAUCACAACCCUCGACAAUGACGCUCAAAAACAGCUAGAUGCAGUCAACGCCAGACUUGACGAGCUCUGCAAAGCCGUCACUGACGCCGCUGAAAAAGGCCCGGAAACCGCCAAAGGAAGAUUGACCGAGUUGAAACGAAGAAUUGGUAAAACCGUAUCAGGCAGUGAACACAGCUUGAUGGCUCUAAAUGCUAAGCUUCACAAACUUCAGGAUGUUGAUCUGCAACAUGUCAUCCGUAGCGCCGAGAGGUUCCUUAAGCCAGAAGCCGACAAAGCCGCAGCACACGUCAUCGACGACCUCACCAAAGAGGUCGACGACAAACUGACGGAAGCCAAAAAAGAGCUAACCAAGCAGGCAAACACCCAUUACGUCACAACCAUGCACUACCUAUUGGAACAAUUCGCCGACAAGGUGAGAGGGCAGUUGGAUGAACUGCCUGAAGCAAUCGAAGAAGAUAAGCAUACUGCGUUCAAAGGUUUCAUGGAAGCAUUGUUCGGUCACAAUGGUCACGAGUUGACUGGUUCAAACAUCAAACUGCUUAGCGGUAUCUUAAAUGAUGUGCCAACCAAACCCACUGACUACAAGGAAAACUUCGCAAUACUUGCAAACAAUUUCCAGUCCUUCUGGCAGCCACUUAAGACGUAUCUCGACGAGGAUCUCAAGAGGGAGUACGCUGAGGAGAUGAAAAGGAAGACUCCACCGGUGACGAUUGGCGAAGGCGAUAAACACCCUUACGCCGAGCAGCUUGAGCAUGUCAAAGAUAAGCUGAACAUUCUGCUCACACAACUUCAAAACUCCGGCAACUUCACUCACAGUGUUGCCCAUAAUCUCGGCAUUUUGAACAACGCACAUGAUAAUCUAGUUCCUACCAAUUUCUCUAGUCCGUGCAACACGCUUCUCGACGCCCUUAAGAGCGGUAUAAAAGCGUUGGUCGGUGAGCUUAGUAAGACAUAUCUAAACGCGUACGAUGGCGCUUCGGAUGGCAUGAUAUUGGUCGAUGCGAGAAGCGAUAAAGUGACUGAUGAUGGCAAAAAGUGCGCUAAGGUGUGCCUGUCGCUGCUCUCCAUCCUGUAUUCCGAGUUCAAGACUAUACUGAAGUACUGCGUUGCAAGGUGUAAAAGCGAUCAAAUUAACAUACACACAGAGCUCGGAAAGUAUUUCGCCACUCAAGGCUACAAGGUUACCGAGGACGGGAAGAAGCACUGGGAGCUGCAGGACAGUAAAGGCAUGACAGGAUUAUUCAUCUGCAAACGUAUGUUCGGAAAGGAUGAACGACACGUGUAUUACAUUGAUAAAUCCAAACAAAACGCACUGGAUAAGCUUCACGACUGUCUCCAGAUAUAUUACCAAGUCAGCCACGUCGCCACCUUCUCUGCGAGGAAACGUCCAUGUAACAUAUUCGAGAUGCUGUGCUGGGUGUCCGGGCUACCGUGCAAUAACGUUUUUGACGAAAUGUUACAUGAGACUGUCAGUGAACUAUUCGUCGAUCCCACUAAACAGCCCGAAGACGCCGAUGGUAUCCCCGUCACAUACAUCAGCGACGAACCCCUGCCAGCGUAUCCACAAUACAUAGCGCUAGAUAAUACUCAGCGCGCAGUGAAACGCCUAUGUUCCAGAUCCCACGAUAUUCUCACAACAAUCGCUGGAACCGGGGACGCGCACUCCAUGUACGCCGUGGACUACUCGACCAAUUCGCUGAACUUUCACUACCCAUCCAGGGGCGAAGAUUGCCUUCAGAUGCUAUUGGACAUUCUUCGCAGACUACUACCCUCACUUAAAUUUUUGCAUACUCAAUGCGGCCUAAGCGCUGCAUACCACGGCUGGUACGGCUGUCAGUACGGCAGAGGAGUCAAACACUCCAAUUGGCAAUGCCGUGAACAUCCUGCUGAGGAGUCGACCGAUUGCCUACCUAGAUCGCCGUUGAUGUCGUAUCUUCGCGACUGCCUACCCGGGUGCCUGCCUCACCAGUUGGUUUCAGCGGGAUGUAAGUCCGAGUGUAAAACGUGUCCCAAAAGCCUACCCGGUGCGCCAUGUAUAACACCACUCGGCUUCAGAGGUUUCUCGGGAUCCACGAAGACAGGUAAGGACAUAUGUACCGUGCUGACCAAAUUCUUCGACAAUUCGAAUAUUAACGCGCUGCUCGGUUUAAUGCCCAAGCCGCCAUCUACGUUGCCCGAACACUUCCAAUUUGCGUUGACGUUAAGUAGUAUGUUAGAUAAUGCUAACGCCGCUAGUGAUGAAGUCAGCUCAGCUUUUGUAUCGAAAACCAAAGCGCUCUCAAUCGAGCUAUACAAGGAGACAAGCAAACUCACAGGUGCGCUGCAGAAUGCAUAUCGCAACCAAACGGGUCACAACACCCCGGCCCAUUCCAAAUCUACGGAAGCUGACUUGUGGAGCCUGUCAAGAGAAUCAUGUGAUCUACCUAAUGACAGGGAUAUUCACUGCGCUCCCUACCUCUGCUCCACAUCAUCCGAUGCGUACACGUACCUCGCCAAAAAACACGCUGCUCUCUACUUGUCAUGGGCUGUAUAUCUGCCGUGGACAUUCUACAGUUACCUUAAAUCAUUGCUUGAAGCGUUCCAGCAGAUUGAUUGUGGAGGCUCCGGUUGUACGAAAUGUUCGUGCAAGCCGGGAAAGCACGGUGUCGAAUACAGCUGCAAGUGCAACGCAUUGAUAAGCUGUCGUGGAGUGAUGACUACGUUCUACCAAUACGGAUUCACUUUUGGCAACGCAAAAACGCUGUAUGGAACUAACAGUAAAUUCUGCCUUAGUUUCCAUACACAACUGAGUAAUCUGCUAAAAUCGCAAUACUUCACCAAAUUAUUUGAGGAAUGCGACAACUUCAUUUGGAGAAUCAGAGAACCGUUCACUUACAUGGUCGUCGCCCUCUGGUCCCUCUCCCUCUUCUACCUCAUCUGCGUAAUGGUUGGCAGACUGGAUGUGCUCCACAUCCGCUCACACCUGAGGAUACCGUCGUCGCACAAGAUAACGGCGCAGUCAUUGUUGGCUGCAGCGCAAGUCGGAAGGCUUGCCAAGAUAUCGUACCUGCAACCAUAA